AUGUCGUCAUCCGUGGUGGAAGUGGUAGACGCACGUGCGAGGGCUCGUCGAGUCAGGAACAAGCUCAUGAUGCUUGGCGCUGUGGGCAUCUUCCUCUACGGGUUUGGUUCGGCCGUACCUCAUGCUGUAGCGAAGUAUGCACUGGGAAGGGCAAAGAUCGAGGAAGAGACCACAGAGACGGAUGUCGCUGCUGUACAAAAGUGA